AUGCCACGUAAGCUACGUAAGAAUAUACGUAAGAGGAAGGGAGCAUUGAAACAUCCAAUAGUAAAACUGACACCACAACAACAGUUGCAACAACAAAUGCUGAAUGACCCCACUAUGUUGCAACAAAUGUCAAGCAACCCUAUGCUUUUAAACCGAGUUCUUGGUGCACAGAGUGGAGGUUUAAGAGCGGCACUUUUAGCGAAAAUGGCAGGCUAUGGUGGAGCUGCAGACGGAACAGCUUAUAACCCUCAAAGUCAAAUGAAUUUGAGUUCACUCAAAAAUCAAAUAACAGAUGUCAAAAAGUCAAACAUAGACAUACAGAAACAAAUAAGUGAAAACGAAAAGAAACUAGAAUAUGACAGACACACAAAGAAACUCAAUGAGUUAAACGUAGAGAAAAAGAAGAAAGAAGAACAACUGAAAGAACUAAGUACAGAGGAAUAUGCGAAAAAAGUGUCAGAAAAAGCAGCAGAAGUAGCAAAAAUGGAACAAGAUGUUAUAAAUUUGAAAAACCAUACUACUCAAUAUAAAGUACUGAAAGAUGAAGA